UUUCAUAUCUUGUUUCUCAGUCAACAACAACAAAAAGGGGUGUGGAGAAGGGAACCAAAAACACAAACCAGCACACACAGACACACACACACACGCACAUAAAUGUCGUCCGAUCGCCGUGGCUCGGUCAUCUCGACCACGUCGACGGGCAGCGGCGCCGUCGGCCCGCGGUCCCAAUCCGCAAUAGCAGGAGCAACCGCUGGCUAUCGAGCGUCGCGCAAAAACUCAAUCGCGCCAUCAUUCACAUCCGAGAUUGACGAAGAAGUAGAAGAGGACGCAGACUCGCUCACAAGCUCGGCCAGCUCCGCAUCACGAAAGCGAUCGCUCAUUGGCACGCUGAAACGAGUCGGAACAAAGCUGGGUGCGGGUCGCACAAGCGCCAGCAACAGUCCCGGUGGCGGCAAUGGUGCUGGCGAUGGAGAGAGUCGUCGUGCGUCCAUUAGCUCGGCUUCGUCCCGUGUUUCACGACGACCGACAGCUCAAGAGCUGUUUGGCCUCGGUGUCAGCGCUGGAGGCAACGUCGAUUCCGCGAGUUCAGGCAUCGAUCCGUCCGUUUCGUUGGACUCGAUCAACUUGGCCGCAACUACAGCUGGCCUGACACUGUCACCAGACCAGCUCCACGUCAUUGUAUGUCGACUCGGUAGCAAUCCACCCUAUUCACCAGAGAGCCGAUUGCUCGAGGCCGUUCAGCUUGGCGAUUUCGACACCGUGCGGCUGCUGGCGCCCGUUGUCGCAACCUCUGGCACUGCUUUGCGACGCUCCGCAUCGACUGCCGACACAGCAGGAAGUAGCGACUCCCCAACACGACGAAACUCGAAUGCAGACGAAGAACGGCUGCCCAACAUCAAUCACAUUUUCGAAGGCCAGUACACGGUCCUGGAUGUUGCUGCUCUCAGUAGCCAUUCAGAUAUAACGCACUGGCUAUUAGAUCACGGUGCCAUGCAUGCGCCAACCACUUUGGACAAUAAGAUUUGGUUUGCCCUCCUCAAGGCAUGGGUCUCUGAAACGUGGAAUCGCUUCGAUACGGUUAUUGAGCUCAUGAACAAGGACGAGAUUAUCAAGAUUUACCGCAAGCUCCGGUUGUACGAGCGUCAAAUACGCCAUUUUGAGUCUUCAGUGGUGGCGUCCGCUCCUUCCUCCGUCUCACUCACCUGCUUGAGCAACACUUCCCUGCUGGUCACGUUCGCACCGCCAUACUCGAGUGGCAACGCCCUUCUAACCAAUUACGCUGUUUCGUGGAGCGCCUCGCCAUUCACCCCCGACUCGCCAUUCAGCAACCCGGCCGGCUCCUCUGAACCGACCAUCAAAACGGUGUAUGUCAACGGACACUCGUCCACGUUUGUCAUCGAGCCACUUCCCGAAAACGCAAUCACGUUUGUGCGAGUAGCGGCGCGCAACAUCCAGGGUCUCAGUCCGUGGCAGCUCGCAUCACCCCGCUGCCUUCAGCUUUCGAGCUGGAAAGCCAUCAAUUUGGCCAAGCCCGUGGUUGACCUGGACGUUACGGCAAGCGCAAUCAAGGACGCACAGGACUACUUUUCCGAUCGCGCCAAGCGCCACCGCGACGUGGAGCGCGUGGUCAUGGGCGGCUCCUCGAGCAAGGUCAAGCAAAUGAUGGGCGUUGUUCCCGACAGCAGCCACGUUGCGCUGAAGAUUGCUCCUGGCUCGGACUGGGUUCCUCAAAUGAAGUUGGAACGAACCCUCCAGCCGAAUGGUAUUUACCUGGCAUCGCUCGUCUUUUGUGAUGAGAACAACUCCGUCCUGAUCACCGCCAAGGACGAGACGUGGCCGAUUGUCACUCUCGACCCUGCCUACGUCGGAAAGCGCCAGUUUGACGAGGCGCACGACAUCUUCACCUGGAUGGCUCGUGUCGGCGCUCAGUGGAACACUCUCCACACGCUCUUGCAAGGUGUGGACGACUUUGACGGUCUGUACGAUUCAUCCCGAGCGCAAUGCGAGUUUGUCAAGGCCGCUGCGUACUUGCGGCACGUUCUCGGCGUCGAGCUUGGUCGCCUGCAUUUCCGCCCGCUGACCCUCCCAAAUCGUGCGUCCGUGGUUGUGACUGUGCUCCGCGUGGCUAAAACCGCGGACAUUAGUGAGGAUUUGCCGCACAAGUGGCAAACAGUGCUCCCAACCUCCCUGUCGCAGCCGCCUAGCCUGCACUCAUCCUUCACAACGGAUCGCAACGGGACUGAAAAUGGCUCGGACAAGGUCUCGACAAACAGCCCGCGUCCGAGCUUUAUUGCUCCCGACUUGGUCAGUCGCACGUCCAGUUCUGACUUUUCCGUCGAAAAUGUGCAGAACUUUGGUCUCGGCGCCUUCUUGAACCAGCUCAACAACGUCUGGGGCACCAAUCCGGUUGCUGUUGCACCCGCGCUCUAUCACGAACGUUCCAGCUCCACAGCGUCCGCUGCCAGCGUGCAGGCCGCCAUCCAACACAACGAGCCUGUCGUGUCGAUUGCCGCGACCAAGUUGCACGAUUACACGGAGCACUUGCUGGCUGCUCACGUAUCGCUGACAACCCCGCUGAGGCGCGGAGUGUAUGUCGCGCAUGUCAUGCCGAUCAACCGCAUCAAUCGCGUUGAUGUUGUUGUGCCUCGCACAACUCCGCACAUUGUGCCGCACAGCUUGGUGCGCGAGGGCUCGUCCCAGAUCUCGGCCGAAGAGUGGAGCACGCUUCGACGCGUUGUCCGACGCGAAACGACCUUGUCCGAGCUCCAGGAUCAGCUCGCGCAGCUGCAAGACGCAAUCACACCGAGCUCGACGAUCGACCACUUUGUGCAGAUUUCCAAACUGCAGGCCGGCAUCCGCUUCUGUCAGGAGGUCACCAGAGCCACCGCCCAGCUGACCAUGUCCGUCUCGUCGCUCACAAGCACCCUGACAGCCAAUGGCUCCAAUGCGCACGGCCCGCACACACCCACGCAACCGUCCGGGUUGUCGCCCAACACGAGCACAGAGCGACUCGUGCUUUCUCCCGACCCGUCGUCCAUCCGAAGCCGGCUCCAGGAUGCAGCGACCCACACGGCUGGCCAUCGCAUCUACUGCGGCGAACCCAUCGAAGUGAGCAGCCAAGUCACGCUGAUUCUCAUUCUUCCCCCGGAAUCCACGCUGCGCCACAUUUCGCAGGGCGGCUUGGCAGACUCGGAGCGUUUCAUCUCGCUCCCACUCGCUGUGUUUGAGAAUGUGCACUUUCUGCAGUACCAGGCAUCCAUCUAUCGCAUGUAUGCCAAGCUAUCCGUCAUUGUACAUCACGACAAGGCGUUGUUGAACCAGUGGUCCCGUCAAGGCCACUCGGCGAUGGCCAAGGAGAAGGCUGCCGAGGAGCUUGACUUGAUCUCGUCCGUGGAUCACGAUCUCGAGCUUUCCUGGAAAAACGUGCGGUGGGUCAAGCAAGCCGUUCAGCUUGGCUUGGCGCUCGGCUCGUCCAGUCACAGCGCCUCGACUUCUUCUUCUGGCAACCUGUUUGGCUCCCCGAUCUCCAGCGUCAGCUCUAUCGCUGCUACUGCCGGGUCGUCGUCCGUCCCGUCCGCGGAUGCCAAGAACGAGCUCUUCCCUCUGCUGCUUCCUUCGCUGAAUUUGACCCUUGGAACGGCGACCUCCACCGUGUCUGUUGGAUCUGCAACGAGCGACAGCGAUUCCAACAUUUGAUUUUGCACAAGCUGUCCCGUUUCACCGUUUGUAUUUUUCAUGUUUUGUUUUGGUUUUAUUCUUUUCUUGCCGUUUGUUUAAUUGUUGCGUUGUUUCGUUUCUUCUUUUUUUUUUUCUCGUUUUGUAUUCGGCACUGGUUUUGUCUCUUGCCGCUGGUGAUAGUGGCCGGUUUUAUUGUCCAUUGGACUUUUUAUGUGGAAUUGGCGUUGAUCGUCAAGCAAAAAAACAAACAAAUACACGAAAAUGUAAAUCU